UAUAGCAAUGCAAUCAAACAUUUGAAAGACCCAAGCCGGUCGUUGACGCCACGAUCAAGGAAAUCUGACGAAUUCAGCAAUCAAAUUCCUUAUAAUAUGUCGUCUAGAAGCGGAUCUGAUUCCAGAAUUUAUGUCGGCAAUUUACCACCCGAUGUAAGACAAAAAGAUAUCGAAGAUUUAUUUACAAAAUAUGGAAACAUUCGUUACAUUGAGUUGAAAAACAGACGUGGCCCACCUUUUGCCUUUGUGGAGUUUGAAGAUUCAAGGGAUGCUGAAGAUGCAGUUAGAAUGAGGGAUGGCUACAACUAUGAUGGAUACACACUAAGGGUCGAGUUCCCUCGAGGAUCAAGAGGUCCCCCAAGUUUUGGUGGAGGCGGCGGCGGCAGGGGAAUGUUUGGUGGUGGUGGUGGUGGCGGAGGAGGAGGAGGAGGUGGCCGAGGUCCACCCUCCAGAAGAUCCGAGUACCGUGUCCUUGUUUCAGGACUUCCUGGUUCUGGCAGCUGGCAAGAUUUAAAGGACCAUAUGCGUGAGGCAGGGGAUGUGUGUUACGCUGACACAUACAAAGAUGGCACUGGUGUGGUGGAGUUCCUACGGAAGGAAGACAUGCAGUAUGCUGUACAAAACCUUGAUGACUCAAAGUUCAGGUCCCAUGAGGGUGAAGUGUCAUACAUUAGAGUGAAAGAGAAUUACAGUAGUAGUAGCAGCAGCAGCCGUCGCAGUCGGUAUUCAAAAAGCCGCAGUCGAAGUUUAAGCCGCAGUCCCCGCAGAAGAAGGUCCCCAGGCAGAGGGUCCCCAGGCAGAGGGUCACCUGACUACUCCUCUGUACAGCGAAGGAGACGAUCUCGGUCACGAUCUUGAAUGGUCUGUUGUCUCAUAUCGUCACCAUACUGCAUUAACAGGGUGUGGUCAUUAUGUAACUUCAUGAAAACCAUUUUUUGUCAGUAAAGUAUGUAUUAACAUUUCUUAAUUGGUGACUUUGGCAUCAAGUCAUUACAUUUUAAUAUCUGAAAUAAGUUCACAAUAGCAUUCAAGAACCUGAAGAUGAUUUAUGAUAUGUUGUAAUUUUUUAUUUAACCUGAUGAGAAAGGGAAUCCAUCUGUAAACAGGCCAUACCAAUUAGAAUCCUGCAUAUAUCGUGUUUUAAGCUCCCAAAAAUAAGGAAGGACAGAAAACAGUCAUUUUACAAAUUAUUUAUUUGGCAAUCAUCAAAAAGUAACAAAUAUCAUUACAAAGGGCAUUCAUCUAAAUAAAAGGAGAGAUAUAUAUCUCAAAAUUUGGAAGCAAAAUGUCUCCAAUACUGUUUAGUACUAUGUUUUGAUGUUUUACAGGAGCAAUAUGUUUUUUCUUGUUUUCUUAUCCAACAUCAAGCAAAAACAAAACAAAACUUUUACCCCUGAAAUUUGUGGUCUGUUUGAUAGUGUCAGAAAAGACCAGUUUGAAGAAUAUCAAAAGUACUAGUGUUGCAUAAACUAACAAUUUACAAAUUUGGAUUUCAUUAGAAGUAAAAGUAAUGCACUGUAUGUAGGAGGGGGGAUAAGCGUAAUCAUGAGUGUUCUUAAAGGAGGAGUGCCUUAUGAAAUUAAAGAUUUCACAAGUGACUGCUACUUGUACAAUAUUUCACUAUUAAUCAUUUCUUACACAGUUAUGAGUUAACAGUCCAGCUGUCAAUUAUAUGCCUAAGGGUUGUCCAUAACCGUUCUGUGCGAUCAGGGAUGUGGAUCAUGGAGUUGGUCGCUUCCAAUUGGAUAUGAUGGAGGCAGGGAGUGACCUUUUUCUCCAGACAUCCAUUUCAAUUAUUGGAGGUGAUUUUUGUAUGCAUUAUUAAUUGGUAUUGUGUUGUUUCUUGAUACAAGUUGCUAUCUUUACGUUUAUAAAAUCAUAUUUUAAAUAUUCCAUUGAAAAUAGUUGACUGUCCAAUGAUUCAGACAAAAAUAUUGAAUUAGUCAUCUUUAAUUAUGAAUUUAUCAUUAACCCAUUCAGUUCAAUAUUAACAAGUUUGUAUAUUUUGUAAAAAGCAAGUAGGUAAACUUUGUGGUCUUUGGUGGAUAAAUUUCUUAUUUACUGGUAUAAAUGGUAUCAUGCAUUUGUGAAAAUAGUGGAAAUUGAAGGACAUAGUUUUGACGAUAGAUGGACGUUGAUUUUAUUUGCUUGAAACUUUAUCAAUGUUUUGUUAAUUAUUACACACAAAAACUCUUAAAAGCUUUAUCUUCAAUUUUUUAGGAUAAUUUUGAGUGUGAUGUUAUUCUACAUUGUUUGCAGGAAAUAUAAAUAUUAAGAAAUUUAAGAUUGAAUAAAUAAGAAAGAAUGAUUUAUGACAAAAAUAAAAAAAUAUUCAAAGUGUUCAGACAUUUGAGCCCCUAUUAAAUGCUCGAUUUCCCUUAUGAAAAGUAGAACAAAAAUUAAUUAUUAAAAUUUUCAUAGUCAAAUAUCUUUGCAUAUUAUAAUUCCAAUGCUCGCUCUGUCAUACAUUUUGUAGCAUUGUUAAAAUGUGUCUCUUUGUAUUUUUCAACACUUAAGGUUUUGAAGUUGGAAGGAAUGGGAUAAAUAUUGGAUUGGAUGGAUUUAGGAUAGGGAAGUUGGAUAAAAGAUGGAUUUUGGACCGAAUGGAGAUGGGAGGAAAAUAAGUUAUAAGAUUUUUCCCCUUGAAAAUUUGGAAAUAAUUUGGAAAGAUUGGAAAUUUAAUGGAUAUGCCCAUAGGACCGAAUGGAGAUAUUGGAAAGUAAUUAAGGAUGAAAAUAAGUAAGGAUUUGGAAUUUGUUUGGAUUUAGGACCGAAUGGCGAUGGAGGAAAAUUAAAGGAUUUUUCUCCCUAAUUUGGAAAGAUGGGAAUUAUAUGGAUAUAAUAGGACCGAAUGGAGAUUGGAGGAAAUGAUAUAGGAUGAUUGGUAAAGUUCAAAUAAAUGGAUUUUGGACUGAAUGGAGGUUUGAGGAAUUAUUUGAGAUUUAUUUCUCAAGUAUUGGAUAAAGUUUCAAAAAAUUGAAAGUAAAUGGAUUUGGGAGGGACCGAAUGGAGAUUGGAGAAAAUUAUUUUAAACAACUUUUAUGUUCUGAAAAAAAAGGUAUGGAAAAUAUGGAUUUGGACCGAAUGGAGUUUGGAGGAAAUGUUGUUUUUUUUUGAGAAUAUUGGAAAGACAUGGAUAAAUGGACCGAAUGGAGGACAUUGAAAAAUUGAACAUAUAAGUUGAGCUAUAUUUAUGUUGAUAUUUUAUAUGUAAAAAGAAGUUCAGAUGGAAAGAAGAUUGGAGGAAUUAUUUGCUGGGUUUUAUAUACUGAUUGCUGCCAUAGGGAUAGAGAAAUAUUGUAAAAAUUGAAAAUGUGGAUUCCAAAUUGUGUUUAGCAUGAGACAAUAUUUAGGUUUAUUAGAAAAAGUUUUUCCAUUUAAAUCAGAAAAAUAGAGGUUAAGGCAUAAAGCGAAUGUUUUGGGAGGGAAGUCUAGAUACAGAUACUUUGUGGGCAAUUCAGAGGCCAUGACCCGACGCCCCGGGAACGUACUGCACACUUUGUGUGUACACGGGUGUAUUUAUAAAAAAAAAACAAAAAAAACGGGUGUAUUCCUACACCCCCUCACUCCCUACUCUCUCCCCCCCCCCCCCCCGUGACCAUGAAAUUAUAAGGUAUCAUUUUAUUUUUCUUAUCUAGUUGAAAUGGGGCAAACAAGGUUGUUUUUUUAUUGUUUAGAGGGAAGCUAUACGAUCACAUGUAUAUAUCAGACAGGAUUAUUUUCUCCUUUUUGUAAAAUUUUGAUGUUCACUUCUGCCCCUUGUAACCCAUUCCCUUUUUAGCUUUUUUUUCUUCUUUACUAUGCAAUGAUGUCUGAUAUAUAUUAAUAUUACUUUAAUAGUUUGCUGCUUUAAUUUUCACUAAACUUUGGACUUAUUUGAUACUAAAAAGGUGUUUUAUCCUUGAAAAUGUUUUAAUAUUCAUAUUGAGUUAUUUUUUAGUGACAUCCUACUUCAUAGUUAUUUUUGAGAGAUGUUAAAAUGGCCAGGAUAAGAUGAGACAACCAUGGAAAGCCUGGUAAAAGUUUCUACUUUUCUCUGAAGAAUGGCUUUACCAGAUACAGAUAAUGCUACGGUACGAUAAAACAGACUGUGUGUAUGCAGGAUUCAUGGAUGGAAUAAAGAUGAAUUAUGGAGAAAUUCUGGAGUCACAGCAUUCAUCCAAUGUAUUUUUUUUUUUAUUUCAGUUUUAUUUCUUAAAGAAAUGCAUGGCUUGUUAUUACAUCCACCAUUGUGAGAAAAUGUUGUGCAUUUUUAAUAUAAAGUCAUUUUCAUGCAUCUUUUAAAUGUAAUUGUUUGACAAUGUCCAUAAAUCAUCUGUCAUGAAAUUCGUUGUUUUAUCAUUAGCUUCAUGCUGUAUAAAAUAAAGAGUAUUUUAUGGAAAUA